CAUUAUAUAGACCCACCCCACAAAACAACUAUAAACAACAAACACUUUCCCUUCUCUUUCGCCAACCCCACCACCUUCUCUGUUCACAGCAGAGAAAAAGGGAAGAUUCAGGAGAAGCUGUAUGCAACAAUGGCGAAAGAGAAGAAACUGUUUGUUGGUGUAUUAGCCAACUAUACAGCUGAGCUCAAGCUUCUUCUCAUAACUCUUCUGGUUCUUUGUUCUAUCGCGACUCUUAUUCAGUUCAUUCCUUCUCGCUUCACCUUCUCUGCUUCUGAUCUCCGAGUUUGCAUCUCACGGGUCUCCCAACCCCAAGGCCCACCUCCUCCUCCUCCUUCUUCUUCUGGCGAAUCCUUGGAGUCUACCCAGCUAUCUAGAUUGCUUUCUAUACCACCGUCGUCGCCGCCGCCGUCACCGUCACCGACACAGCCGGCCUCUGACGAUGGAAUCAUCAAGCGGGAUUUUAAUCCUUAUGGUUCUGCAGCUUAUAACUUCAUCACCAUGGGUGCUUACAGAGGAGGUCUGAACACAUUCGCCAUUGUAGGACUCUCUUCCAAGCCUCUCCAUGUCUACAGCAAGCCGACCUAUGAGUGUGAGUGGACCCCGCGCGUGAACACCACCGCAAAGCCCAUAACCACCGUCGGGUACAAGAUGCUUCCAGAUUGGGGCUACGGCCAUGUCUACACGGUGGUGAUUUUGAACUGUACCUUCUCGGAGCCCGUCAAUGUCGACAACUCCGGUGGAAAAUUGGUCCUCUACGCCUCCACAUCCGGCGGCGGCGACACCAAGUUUAACCUCACUGAUAGAAUGGAGGUCCUCACUGAGUCGCCGGGAGGUCUAGAUGUUUCCAUUUUCACCUCGCCGCCCAAGUACGACUACUUCUACUGUGGCUCGUCAUUGUACGGAAACUUGAAUCCCCAGAGAGUUAGAGAAUGGAUCGCUUACCAUGUCAGGCUCUUCGGACCCAGAUCGCACUUUGUGAUACACGAUGCAGGGGGGGUCCAUGAGCAAGUUCUUGAGGUUUUGAAGCCAUGGAUGGAACUUGGGUAUGUGACGUUGCAGGAUAUUAGGGAUCAAGAGAGAUUUGAUGGGUAUUAUCACAAUCAAUUCAUGGUGGUGAAUGAUUGUUUACAUCGAUACAAGUUUGUGGCCAAGUGGAUGUUCUUCUUUGAUGUUGAUGAGUUCAUUUAUGUGCCACCUAAAAGCACAAUCAAAACAGCUCUGGAUUCACUUUCUGAGUAUUCUCAAUUCACCUUUGAACAGAUGCCUAUGAGCAGUAAGAUUUGCCUCUCUGAAGACUACGGCAAAACUUACAGGAAGUGGGGAUUUGAGAAAUUAGUGUACAAAGACGUGAAGAGGGGCAUAAGGAGGGAUCGAAAGUACGCGGUACAACCUCGUAAUGUGUACGCAACGGGCGUUCACAUGUCGCAGAACUUGAUGGGGAAAACAACUCACAAAACAGAGGGCAGAAUUAAAUACUAUCACUACCAUGGAACCAUAGCCGCCCGAAGAGAAACCUGCAAAAUGCUUGUGAAUUCCACAGAUCUCUACCACGAGAAAAUCCCUUACGUUUUGGAUACCACCAUGAGAGACAUCGCCGGCGUUAUCAAGAAAUUUGAGCUCAAAAUGAUCGGUUCCAGGUUACAGAACGUUCAUCAGUGACGAUUAUGAUGAGUCCUCACUUUUUUUUCUUUUUCUUUUUCUUUUUCUUUUUCUUUUUGGUAUAAAUAUAUGAUUUGACUUUGUUACGGUAGAGUUGAAAUUCAUUCAGUUUUUUCCUCUCUGUAUGUAGUUUUUUUUUUUUGCUUUUUUUUUUGUUAUAGAUAACAGAUGGGGUAUAUGGUAUUGUUUCAUUAUUUAUGAUAAUUCUUUUUAGUCUAAUUAUUUA